UGGAUGCCCGCCCCUAGCGCAGGAGCCGGUCCGGCCGCGGUGGCGAGUGCUCUUGCCUUCCUCUCUCCCUCCGCGGGGAACCAGCCGCUAGCCCGGCACGGCCGCGGAGGCGAGUCUUCGGGCCAGCUGAAGCCUAGAAGGCCCCGCACCGGCUCGUCGCGUGGGUGUCGCUGUGUCGUGUCCCCACUGUGGGAGGCGUCGCGCGUCCCCAUCUUUCCUGCGUGACUUUCGGGGGCUGGCCGGCGGCGUCUGGUCACCGGGAGCCUCGCCCGCACCUGGAAUGGAUAAAAGUGGCAGUUUUUGUUUCUUCCCAUGAGAUUGUGUAUCUGGAAUGAGAACCAUGAAAUUAAUCGAAACUAGGACAUUUCUAAGGACCUGGAAUGGCUUUGAGCAGCAACAGGAGGACCUCAAAGGAAUAUUUGAGAGCACAGAGCAAUAGAAGAGUUUUCUAAGAGAAGGAUUUAUGGGAAAGAAUUGAUCAGAAACACCAGUAUAGAAACCUUUUAGAUUUCUUCAGGCUGUGGAAAAAUUGAGUCUUGGUUCAAAUUAAGUAAAAUAUACACUGAAGAGAAAUAAAAGUUCAAACAUGAAAAGUAUGUUACUGAAAUCCCUAAGAUAAAUUUAGGAAAACAAAUGAAGACAGAUCUUUUAAAUUUUGAAAGUAUGGUAAAAUAUUUGUAAAAUUUUGGGGCUCAUUUCUAAGAAUUGCCAUGAUUCUGAAACUUGUUAAUAUUUCAAAUAGAGAAUAGUUUCAGUGAAAAAUGACACUCAAGAAUACAUCACAUUUACCCAAGGAAGAAGAUUUAAGAGUGGAAAAAUGCCACUAACAAAUAUAUUAAAUUGUUUAUGUACUUAGAAAUUACCUUAGCAAAUAUAAGAGGCACUCAGGUUAAAGCUUAGUCUGUGAGAAUGCUAUAGUGAAUGCAGUAAAAGUUGGAUUUCAUUCAUAUGUACAACAGAAACUACUUUCUUUUCAAGAUUCUAUAUGACUGUUCCCAAAUUCCAGCCCUCCAGACACCCCAAUUCAGUGUCCUUGCAGCUUGUAGUCUUUAUCCAGGUAGAUGAACUGCUACCCAGUGAACAAACACUACAUACAGAGCAAUAUGAGUACCAUUUUUUUUCUGGCAGUGUGGUAAAAUCAGGUCUUCUUGGAAGGAGAGAAGCCAUACAUCUCUGCUAUACAAGGUUACUCUGUUCUUGCCUUUAAGUCGUUUACACUCCCUUCUUUUCACCCAUCACUUUUUAUUGAGACUAAUCCUACCUUGGACUCUUCUUGUGGGCACAUCUCACUGAAUGCCUCUUCUCUUCAUUUUGUCUCUUUUCCUCUAUAGUUAGGGAAAAUGUGCAGGUAUCUCUGUCAUUCCUGACUGGGGCUGCUAUAUUUGUCAAGGGAGAAGAGAAGGAGCAGGGAGAUUCCGAAAACUGAUCAUUCAUGUCUUUCAGUAGUAACAGCCAGACAGGACUUUGGCAAUGGCAACUUUCUGAGUACGUAAGACCUUUACCUCCAGACUAGCUCUUCAGUACUGAUAAUCCCUUUCAACCUAUUAGCCACCAGUACAAAUCCCUGUGCCUUCUGGGGCUUUGAGCUAGUUUUUUGUUUUUUAAAACAUUUUUUUCCAAUACAGUAAGGGUUUUUCCUUUGUUUUCUCCUGUUGGUUAUUCAAAAUCAUUCAGUAUGAAUAAGAGAGGGAAAUACACAACACUGAAUUUGGAGGAGAAAAUGAAGGUUCUAAGUAGGAUUGAAGCUGGACGAUCACUUAAAAGUGUAAUGGAUGAAUUUGGAAUCAGUAAAUCAACAUUUUAUGACAUUAAAAAGAAUAAGAAAUUGAUUUUGGACUUCGUACUGAAGCAGGACAUGCCAUUAGUAGGGGCUGAGAAGAGAAAGAGGACAACGGGAGCCAAAUAUGGCGAUGUAGAUGAUGCAGUCUACAUGUGGUACCAACAGAAACGCUCAGCUGGUGUCCCUGUUAGAGGCGUGGAGCUUCAGGCUGCUGCCGAGAGAUUUGCACAGUGUUUUGGGCGAACAGACUUCAAAGCAAGCACUGGUUGGCUUUUCAGAUUUCGAAACAGGCAUGCAAUUGGGAACCGAAAAGUAUGUGGCGAACAAGUCCUAAGUUCAGCUUCUGAAAAUGUUGAGCCAUUUCGACAAAAACUGUCCAUGAUAAUCAAAGAAGAGAAACUGCGUCUGGCUCAGCUAUACAGUGGGGAUGAGACUGACCUCUUUUGGAAGUCAAUGCCAGAAAAUACUCAGGCAAGUAGAAAAGAUAUCUGCCUGCCAGGGAAGAAAAUAAACAAAGAACGGUUGUCUGCCCUUUUAUGUGCAAAUGCAGAUGGAACUCAUAAGUUAAAAUCAAUCAUUAUUGGAAAAUCAAACCUCCCCAAAAGUGUGAAAGAGGAAACAAGUACAUUACCAGUGAUAUAUAAAUCUAGUAAAGAUGUUUGGUUCACCAGAGAAUUGUUUUCAGAAUGGUUUUUUCAAAACUUUGUACCUGAGGUCCGGCAUUUCCAGCUUAAUGUUCUAAGAUUCCAUGAAGAGGAUGUCAGGGCCUUGUUACUUCUGGACAAUUCCCCAGCUCACCCUUCCCCUGAAUCACUAAUUAGUGAGGAUGGUCGGAUAAAAUGCAUGUUCUUUCCCCAUAACACUUCAACCUUGAUUCAACCAAUGAAUCAAGGUGUGAUCUUGAGCUGCAAACGACUUUAUAGAUGGAAGCAACUUGAAGAGAGUCUUGUAAUUUUUGAAGAAAGUGAGGAUGAGCAAGAUAAAGGAGAAAAAGGAGUUUCUAAAAUUAAAAUCUACAAUGUAAAAAGUGCAAUUUUUAACUGGGCAAAAAGCUGGGAUGAAAUAAAACAAAUAACCAUAGCAAAUGCAUGGGAAAAUCUUCUUUGCAAAAAGGAACCAGAAUAUGAUCUUCAAGGCCUAGAAGAUGGGGAUUAUAGAGAAAUUCUUGAAAAAUGUGGAGAAUUAGAAACCAAGCUGGAUGAUGAUAGGAUGUGGUUAAAUGGAGAUGAUAAAGAAAAGGGGUGUCCCCCAGAAACAAAAGGUGGGAUUACCAAAGUUGUUCUAAAAGGAGGAGCUGAGAAGCAGACUGAAUUUAAAUUAUCUUCUGUUAGAGAAAGUUUGGACUACCUUCUUGAUUUUGUUGAUGCCACACCUGAAUUUCAAAGGUUCCAUUUCACACUGAAAGAGAUGCAACAAGAAAUAGUGAAGAAACAAUUCCAGAGUAGAACCCAUUCAAGAAUUGGUAGCUUUUUGAAACCUAGGCCUCAUAAUAUUAAGGAUUCCUUCAAUGGGCCUUCAACUUCUGGUUCUAGUAAUUAGAUUUUGUGUUUAGAGAUUUUUGCAGUUGUAUAAUAAUAUAUGAUAUAGGCCUGUUGUGAAUUGUCAUGUUUUAUCAACUGACAUUAUUUUGCAUAUCAAUGCCCAUUUAUAUAUUGGUUAUAAAAUAUACAGUUUGAAAAUAA